AUGCAUGCCGACUUCUACGGAUAAAGCAGCCGCUUAUUCUAGAGUUUCAUCACAGUUUGGAGCGCCCUGCCAUCUCUAAACCGUACUUCACCUUCAUCACCGGUUUUUGACGAUCAGUUCAAACCAUGCAUCCAUCGGUGUUAGGGGGCGCGUCUCUGCUCAUAGCCUGGCAACUGAAAGAUAAACAUGUUCUCAUCGUUGGCGGGGGAGAUGUCGCAUCCGGCCGCAUCGAGUCCGUUCUCGCCGCUGACGCGCGCGUGACGAUAAUAUCCCCAAGUUCCGGCUUGCAUCCACUUGCCAAGCAAUACAUCGAGGGUUCUUACCCUAUAACAUACCAUGACCGCACUUUCGGAGGUGCAGAAGACUUGUCUGGCGUUGAUAUGGUCCUGACUGCAAUUGACGACGUGUCUCAAUCUCGUACUAUCUGUGCUCUGUGUCGGGACCUCAAGAUCCCGGUUAACGUCGCUGAUAUCCCUGAUUCGUGCGACUUUUUCUUCGGAUCCCAGAUUCGCGAUGGUCCUUUGCAAAUAUUGGUAUCUACUAAUGGACAGAGCCCCAAACUCGCAAAUAUCAUCAAGAGAAAAAUUGAAAAACAUCUGCCGGAGCACGCCGGAAAUGCGAUAGCAGCCGUGGGAAGAUUGAGGACGUUGCUCAAAGAACGAGCGCCAGGCGUAGGAGGAGAGGUAAGCAAACGUAGGAUGAAGUGGAUGGUUGAUGUAUGCAACUCGUGGGACAUGGAAGAGCUUGCGCAGUUGGACGAGCAGACGAUGAAGAAACUACUUGAUGCAGGUUGGGAGAACGGGACUGUACCAAAUCCCAGAGAUCUCGGCAUGCGGUGGAAGUGGCCCACCAACGUCUCUACUGCGGUCAACGCUGCGGUGCCUGCCCUGACCUUCGUGGCAGGUGCUGCUUGCGCUAGCAUGUUGCUCUUGUCGCGGCUGUCCCGCUCCCGCUGAUUUAUUUCUAUUCUUUUAAACUAUUGGCCCGAUUUUCUUUGUCUUCUGUGGGAACGGAUGUUUGUAAGACUAGAGAAAUUUUCCUUGUUCCUUAUCCGCAGUAUGACACUUCCUGUCUGUGAAUGGUGAACAUUCAGAAUGUU